AUGAUCCACCCCAUUAUCUUCUUCAACAUCACCCUGGACAGCAAACCCUUUGGCCAUGUCUCCUUCGAUCUGUUUGCAGACAAAGUUCCAAAGACAACGGAAAAUUGUUGUGUUCUGUGCACUGGGGAGAAUGGACUUGGUCAUAAAGUUUCCUGCUUUCAUAGGAUUAAUUGGGGAUUAAUGUGCCAAGGUGGUGACUUCACACGCUGUAAUGGCACUGGCAGCAAGCCCACUUAUGGGGAGAAACUUGAUGAGAAUGUCAUCCUGAAGCAUAGGGAUCCUGGCAUCUCAUCCGUGGUCCGCUGGACCCAACACGAAUGGUUCCCAGGUUUCGUCUGCGCUGCCAGCACUGAGUGUGAUGGUGAGCAGGUGGGCUUUGGCAAGACGAAAGAGGGCACGAAUGUUGUGGAAGCCAGGGAACAUUUUGGGUCCAGCAUUGGCAAGAGCAGCAAGAUCACCGUUGCCGACUGCGGACAAAUCUAG